AUGUUCUUUGGUCCUGAAAAUUCCAUCAAGGCUAGCUCCUUAACUAUUUUUAGAGUUUAUUUUUUUCUUUUGCUUAGGUGUAUUAGAUAACGAUAAUGGACUAAGCUGUAUUUAAAUAUUAGCUGUAUUCAAUUUUCUUUUGUUUUUGACGCUCUUUUUCUCAUAUAGUUCAAUAUUUUCAAUAUUUAACAACUCAGUAACAUAUACUAGAGAAAGAAUACAAUAUGUAUUUAAAUUACUUUGGAAUUAACUUGGGAUAUUACUAAUUCUUAAUUGCUUUUUUGA